UCCAGGAGGUGACAUUAAACCUCAGAAUCUUCUCAUUGUCACUCAUUUGAACUAACACCUCCUGUCACCAUGUCCUACAACUGCUGCUCUGGAAGCUUCUCCGCCCGCUCCCUUGGGGACCCACUGCUCUACCCAGGCUCCUGCUGUGGCUCUUCCUACCCCAGCAACCUGGUCUACACCACUGACUGCUGCUCUCCCAGCACCUGCCAGCAGGACUCCUCUCUUCACAGCGGCUGUCAGGAGACCUGUUGUAAGCCUAUCAGGUGCCAGACGUCUUAUGUGGUAUCCAGCCCCUGCCAGACAUCCUGCUACCGCCCAAGGACCUCCAUGCUCUGCAGUCCCUUCCAGAAAACUUAUGCUAGGUCUCCAGGCUCUGGGUCCGGAAGAGGCUGCUUCCUGGGCGCUGGGUCCAGAAGCUGCUACUCACUGGGCUUUGGGUCCCAUGGCUUCAGACCCCUGGGCUGUGGAGUCUGUGGCUUCCCUCCUCUGAGCCAUGGAUUCGGUUUCUACCGUCCAACCUACUUUGCCCCUAGGAGCUGCCAAUCAUCCUGUUACAGACCAACCUGUCAGUCUGGCUUCAAUGCAUCCACCAUGGAAGAGGAAGUGAAAAAUCAAGAAGACCAAAUGACUCUGCCAGUUGAUGCUAGAGAGCGUUUGCCAGCAGCCCCUGCAGUGGUGAACUCAGAAUCUUCUCACUGUAACUCAGCUGAACUCACACCUCCUGUCACCAUGUCCUACAACUGCUGCUCUAGAAACUUCUCCUCCCGCUCCCUUGGAGGCCACCUGCGCUGCCCAGGCUCCUCCUGUGGCUCCUCCUACCCCAGCAACCUGGUCUACACCAUGGACCUCUGCUCUCCCAGCACCUGCCAGCGGGAUUCCUCUCUCUACAGUGGCUGUCAGGAGACCAGCUGUGAGCCUAUCAGAUGCCAGGCAUCCGGUGUGGAGUCCAGCCCCUGCCAGCCAUCCUGCUGCCCCCAGAGGACCUCCAAGCUCUGCCGUCCCUGCUGGACAACUUACCCUGUGUCUCUAGGCUUUAGGUCCAGCAGCUGCAGCUCUCUGAGCUCUGGAUCCAGAAGCUGCUACUCACUGCGUUGUGGAUCCAGUGGCUUCAGACCUCUGGGUUAUGGAGUCUGUGGCUUCCCCUCCCUGAGCUGUGGAUCCAGAUUCUGCCGUCCAACCUGCUUUACCUCCAGCAGCUGCCAGUCAUCGUGUUAUAGACCAAUCUCUAGCUCUGGUUUCUAUUAUUCAACUUGCUGAGGGUCUAGAUCCUUCUGAGUAUUGAGAUCAAAGUCUCUGCUCAGUACAGCCAUCUUUUUC